UUUUUAAAUAACCGGCCCCAGUUGUCUUUGAGAUCAGUGAGCAUUGCCGCCUGUCAUGCAGGCUAACCAAAAUAGGAACGAUCUUGCAGCAAUUAUGAACGCAGAAUUAUAGUUUCUCUGAAUAUUUUCUAUGGGUUUUUGUCUAUUCUCUCGUUCUAUUAUGUUGUAAUAUGAGUGAUGAUAAAAAUGAUGAAAAUCCGUUUUCAUUCAAGCAUUUUGUCAAGCAUAAGAACGAAGAUUUAGACCAUCAGGAUAAAAGAUUGCCUAACAAGCAGGCAGGGACUAAUGUUAGUAAUGUAUCAAAUGUUCAAAAUGAUGAAUUGCCGUUCCCUGAAGUGUCUGAAACAACUGGAACUAAAAAGAAAGGCAAAGGAAGAGAUGCUAAGAAAUCUUCGCACAUCAAAGAAAAACCACCGGAAUCGUCCAGCAAUUUAGAAUUGGAUGUGGAAAACCCAUUUUCAUUCAAGAAUUUUGUUAAGAAGGAUGCAGCAUUGAAAACUGGAGGUCGCGUGCUGCAGAUAGUUGACGAUGAAGUGUGUGAAGUAGAAAACAACGCCGACACAAUUCAAGACAUCACUAGCGAACAUCCUUCCAAUAUAUGUAUUGAAAAUGAUUCUUCAAAAGAUGAUUUAGCCUCUAAUUCUGAAGAAAUUAUACAGUUAAGAGAAGAAAAUGAAAUGUUGAAAAAACAACUUCUGGAUAUGAAAAAGUCAAAGGAAGGGGAAUCCGCGAGAGCGGAGUCCCUUGUUAAGAAAUUGAAAGAAAUGCAACAGAAAGAGAACGAAGAAACCGUUGCGUUAGAAAAAAUGGUUCAUAUGGUCGAGAAAAACCUGGAGUUGACCACUCAACGAGCGGCACAGGCAGAAGCGAUGAAUUUAAAACUGAAAGAAGAAAAUAAAAUUCUUAAGAGUAAUUCUGUUAGCAAAGCUGUUUAUGACGACCUGGUUAAGAAACACCAAAGUUAUAUUUCCGGCAUUAAAGAACAAGCUUUGUCAGUAUCCCAGCAUCUUGAAACUACUGCGAAGAAUGCAGAGGAAUCUUUAAGAAAACUCUAUUCAGGGGUAGAUUCACUGAAGCUUGCAUCACAACUGCUUGAUUCAAUUGGUAAAUUUACAAAUUUGCAUGGGGAAGAUGACGUGAAAUGAUGCAUCAAGCACUUCCUAACCGCGAGAUGUCGGGAGUCCAGAAAUAUCUGAACACUGAUUUGAUCUGCAUUUACAAUACUGGGAUAUUCGUCAUUAUUCGACACAACAAAGCCUAUGCUAUAGACACUUUAAAACAAGUGCCACUCAAGUUGUUCCCCUCUAUAAUGCUAAAUCCAGAAAAAAAACAACACUAUCCCAAUACUGUUAGAUCAUAACAUAACCUUUCCAUGAGAGGAUAUUGAUAUUUCGACAGGAGAAAAUAUUGAUAUCUCCAUGACAGAAGAGGAUAUUGAUAUGUCCAGGACAGGACAGGACAGGAGAGGAGAGUAUAUUGAUAUGUCCAGGAGAGGACAUGAGAGGAUAUUGAUAUGUCCAAGAGAGGAAAGGAGAGGAUAUUGAUAUCUCUAGGAAAGGAGAGGAUAUUGAUAUCUCCAGGACAGGAGAGGAUAUUGAUAUCUCCAGGACAGGAGAGGAUAUUGAUAUCUCCAGGAGAGAAGAGAAUAUUGAUAUCUCUUUUCCAGGAGAGGAUAUUGAUAUUGACCUUGACCUUGUGAUCUAACCAAGCGACUUCAUUUUAAAUUGUUUUAUGACAAACGCAACAUAAAGUGUUCUAACAACUUGUAAUUUUCUUACUGAUAAUUUUAUUCCCCCUUUUCACCAAUUUCCAAACUCUGGAACAAUAGAGGCCCGCCUAUACUUUUUGAGUGAAGCGUGGUUAGGGUGAUUUUCUUAACUUAUCUCAUGCGAUCAACACAGGAAAUUGCAUAGACGCGCCCUGGUAAAAAGUAUGCGUCAGGGACCAAUGUGAAGUACGCACCACAUUUAACACGACAUACAAAACGUAUUCAACACGAUGUUCAAAAACAAUGUAUGACUCAUUUCCAUCAUUCAAACCGGCGUUUGAAAUUCAAAUAUUGUUUACAAAUUACAAUCCUUUCCAAGCAUUUAUUAAAAAAAUCAAACGAAAAAUAAAAAAAACAACAACAAAACAAACCAAGGCGAAUUUCAAUUCCGUCGCUCAUGCCGGAGAAAAAACCGUACCGCACGCAGUCGCAUGCAGGGAACGAAUAAUAAUCUCACAAUCACCACAUAAAGCCAUGUCAUAUAUACUAAGCCUUCGGCUUUUGGAGUCGCACCCACUGCGUGACAUAAUGAAAUACGAUUGUUUGCUCAAGGGAUUUC